AUGCAGUGUAUGAGCGGGUGUCACGCAGGAAAUGGAGCUGAAAUCACAGAACCAGCUACAGCUGGGCCAGGCCCAGAUCUACCAGCUUCUGCCGUUGAAUAUGCAGCACUCAAGUGCUGCGCUUUGUCCUCCAGGCUGAUGCCCUUGAGUGGUAGUUUUUCUAGAUUGUUUGACCAUAGUGGCAAAGAUGGAUUGAAUGAGGGCCAAAAAAGAUGUGAGGAGACAAUAGGCGGAUACGACCUAGUCCAAGACAGAGAUGAUGGUAAUGAAGGAUAUGGAACAAUAGCGAUGGAUUUGAGAAAUAUCCAUCCAGACAUUACAGCAUGGAAUGCAACUUGCAAAGCCUGGCUGGCAGCAGAGGAUGCCCUGGAAAAGUACUACCUUUCCAUCUUUUAUGGAAUUGAGUUCAUUGUGGGACUCCUUGGGAAUACCACUGUUGUUUUUGGCUACCUCUUUUGUCUGAAGAACUGGAAUAGCAGUAACAUUUAUCUCUUUAACCUUUCUAUUUCUGACUUAGCUUUUUUGUGCACCCUUCCCAUGCUGAUGAGAAGUUAUGCCAAUGGAAACUGGGUAUAUGGAGACGCGCUCUGCAUAAGCAACCGGUACGUGCUCCAUGCCAACCUCUACACCAGCAUUCUUUUCCUCACUUUUAUCAGCAUUGACCGAUACUUGCUCAUGAAGUAUCCUUUCCGGGAACACCUGCUGCAAAGGAAAGAGUCUGCUGUUUUAAUCUCUUUGGCCAUUUGGGUUUUAGUAACCUUAGAGCUACUGCCCAUACUUCAUCUUAUAAAUCCUGUUGUAGUUGACAAUGGCACUACCUGUAAUGAUUUUGCAAGUUCUGGGGACCCCGAAUACAACUUCAUUUACAGCAUGUGUCUAACCUUGUUGGGAUUCCUCAUUCCUCUUUUUGUGAUGUGCUUCUUUUAUUACAAGAUAGCUGUCAUUCUAAAGCAGAGAAGCAGACAGGUCACUACUGCUCUGCCCCUUGAGAAGCCUCUCAACUUGGUCAUCAUGGCAGUGGUGAUCUUCUCUGUGCUUUUUACACCCUACCACAUCAUGCGGAAUGUGAGGAUCGCUUCACGCCUAGGAAGCCGGAAGCAGUCCCUGUGCACUCAGGUUGUCAUCAGCUCCUUGUACGUUGUGACUAGGCCUUUGGCCUUUCUGAACAGUGUCAUCAACCCUGUCUUCUAUUUCCUUAUGGGAGAUCACUUCAGGGAAAUGCUGGUGAAUAAACUGAGGUACAACUUCAAGUUCCUGCCAUCCUUUAGAAGAUAAUCUCAUGAGCUCAUGUUUUCAUUCAGGAAAAAGUGA